UUAGGUCCUCCAUGACUACACCUUUUGUGUCCUCCAUGACUACACCUUUUGUGUCCUCCAUGACUACACCUAUUGGGUCCUCCAUGACUACACCUUUUGUGCCCUCCAUGACUACACCUUUUAGGUCCUCCAUGACUACACCUUUUGUGUCCUCCAUGACUACACCUUUUAGAUCCUCCAUGACUACACCUUUUGUGUCCUCCAUGACUACACCUUUUGGGUCCUCCAUGACUACACCUUUUCGGUCCUCCAUGACUACACCUUUUAGGUCCUCCAUGACUACACCUUUUGUGUCCUCCAUGACUACACCUAUUAGGUCCUCCAUGACUACACCUUUUAGGUCCUCCAUGACUACACCUUUUGUGUCCGCCAUGACUGCACCUUUUGUGUCCGCCAUGACUGCACCUUUUGUGUCCUCCAUGACUACACCUUUCAGGACCUCCAUGACAACACCCACUGACUCCUCCAUGACAACACCUUUUGUGUCCUCCAUGACUACACCUUUUAGGUCCUCCAUGACUACACCUUUUAGGUCCUCCAUGACUACACCUUUUGUGUCCUCCAUGACUACACCUUUUGUGUCCUCCAUGACUACACCUUUUGUGUCCUCCAUGACUACACCU